UUGACUGCGUCGCUUCAAUUCAGACCACCGUGUUCUUUGACUGCACGGAGCUGCGCCGACCCAACGGACUAGCGGAGUUCUUGCGAGUCGCCGUUGGCUUCUGCGAUUGCUCGCUUCUUCUUCGCUGCUUACUGGGUUCACUUUGAAACUUGCCACUUCCACUCCGGCGGAUCCCAAGCGAGAGAACCACAAAAGUGAUUAAAUAAUCAAGGUGGCAUCUGUGAACUUUGCAGCAUCUUUGGAGGAGGGCAAGAAAACGACUGUCAUGUCUCUCGAUUAAUGAUUUGAACGCAAAUACUACCUGGAAGCUCCACGCGUGACACGCAAGUGUGCUUUUAAACGAGAAAAAGAGCAUUUGGGGUUGUCAAGACUAUGUUGAUGAAGGAGUACCGCAUCUGCAUGCCCCUCACCGUGGAGGAGUACCGCAUCGGGCAGCUGUACAUGAUCAGUAAGCACAGCCACGAACAGAGCGAACGCGGCGAGGGGGUGGAGGUGGUGCAGAAUGAGCCCUUCGAGAACCCCGAGCAUGGCUCGGGCCAGUUCACCGAGAAACGCAUCUACCUCAACAACAAGCUGCCGAGCUGGGCCCGAGCGGUGGUGCCCAAGAUUUUCUACGUGACAGAGAAGGCUUGGAACUACUACCCGUACACCAUCACCGAGUACACAUGCUCCUUCCUGCCCAAGUUCUCCAUCCACAUAGAGAGCAAAUACGAGGACAACAAGGGGAGCAACGAUAACAUAUUUUGCAGCGAGCCCCGAGAUGAAGAAAUGGAGGUGUGUUUCCUGGACAUCGCCUAUGAUGAGGUUCCGGAACGCCACUACAAGGAUUCAGAGGAUUUGCGCUAUUUCAAGUCCAAGAAGACGGAGCGUGGCCUCCUGCAGAAUGGCUGGAUGGACACGCAGGAGCCCAUCAUGUGCUCCUACAAGCUGGUCAGCGUCAAAUUUGAAGUGUGGGGCCUGCAGACACGUGUGGAGCAAUUUGUACAUAAGGUCAUACGAGAUGUUCUGCUGUUGGGACACAAGCAGGCCUUUGCCUGGGUGGACGAGUGGAUCGACAUGAGCAUGGAGGAGGUGCGCGAGUACGAGCGCGCCACGCAGGAAGCCACGAACCUGAAGCUGGGCACCUUCCCGCCGGCCAUCGCCAUCAGCGAGACGCCGCUGCCGUCCAGUGCCCGCGGUGGGCCCAACAGCGCCCCAUCCACGCCUCUGUCCACCGAGGCACCUGAGUUUCUUGCUGUGCCCAAGGACCGCCCCCGCAAGAAGUCGGCUCCAGAGACCCUGACGCUGCCCGACCCGCACAGCCGGCGCGAUUCCCUCUUCAAACUUCCCAGCUUCUUCUCUUGGAACUCGGGCCCGCAACCUGAAUGAAGAGCCGCCGCCCAGCGGUCCCCGCCAGAGCCCCUCGGCGGGCCAAAGGCGUGUUUCGGCGUGACGGCGGUCUUAGCUCCCGCACCCGCCGCAGAACCUGACGGCACAACCCAGAGGUUCCCGAGACAGAGGCACAAAAGCCAGAAAGCAACGCUCGGCACGCUUGGCCCUGUUAAGUGUAGCAUACAUUCCUCACACACACACACACAAAAUUAAAUUACAGAUAAAAAGGCUCACAGAGACAAGCUCAGGGUGUGGAUGCUCACGUAUGUUGUGAUGGAGUCACAUGAUGCAUAUACUAUGGUGGAGACUUGUUUUGCUGAUGGUGUCGUCUGUGUCACUUGACUUUGGAGGGUAAAAAAAUAGUUGUAAAUACCAAGAACGCUAUUCGCAAAGAAGUCGGAACCGGACAGAAGUGUGCAAAACCUCCUGAAAAACUCUACAGAACCUUUCAAAUCACUAUAGUUAGCUAGCAAAGUUUCUCUGCACCAAGAUGUUACCAGAUGCCGGCAAAGCACUACUUUAUUCAAGCCUCUCAUCUCAGCUCAACGUAGUUUUCCAACACCAAGCAGAGCGCCACACUUGUAGAAAUGAAGCUCACUUGAACAUAUUUGUUUCAAAUCAAGCACUACCUUUGUCUAAAUGAAACUUUGCAACUCACAUUAGCGUAGCGUCAGCAACCAGGUACCACAAGACGGCAGCAAAGCACUACUUUUAUUGCCAGGGAUAUCUGCCGGACAGACCUCACAAACUCUGUGAUAAAUUAAAAAAAACUACAAAAAACACAAUAAUGGUACUACUUCCGCACACUUGAACAUUUUAAACACAUUGUAAAUAUAACACACACACACACACAAAUAACUGCUGGUCUAAAAUUCAUUCAAAAAAUACUGUACAUAUUGUAGCCUCUGUGUCCAUGCACGUGCCUUUAAGAGGUGGGGCCGUCUGAUGUCACGCAUGACAUCAGCGAGUCAGUGUGAGCAUCUGACCGUGAGCUGUGGUCACCAGCAGAUUGUGUACGGGAGUGCUCACUGCAUUUUAAUGGACUGCUGACAUUCAAUCAACAGCUGAAAAGCGCACGGCUGAGCGCGGUUCGCCUUUCCGCCACGCGAGGGCAUCGCAGUCUAAACAAGAAAACCCGGUGCCGUCACGCUAACCGACUGUUGUGCAUGAGCUGUCUGUUUAGUGCACGUGUUCAUAACGUUAAGCCGCAGUGUGCUUCGCUUGCAUGACUUUCAAAUUUGGGCAAAUUGUCAGAUGUUUUUCCCCACGUGAUGUGAUGCUAACUUUUCGGUGUACUUUUACUACUUUAAUCACUAUCGACUCGUUCUGUUCUAUUGUGUCAAGUCAAAGAAAUAAAAUUGUG